CAUGCGCACUGCAGUAGGGUCACUGCUUACGGUAGGCGAGUUUACGCCGCUCGACGCGCCGUUUUAUGGCACCGGUUCCGCCCCGGACUCAGUGUGUUUACUGUUUAUAUUAUGAUUAUUAGCUGUAUUAUGUUCUGAUGUAUUAUCCUGCACGACCAAGGAGCCUCGGGACAGACCGGAGAGACCGCGCUGUGUGAGCUGCUCCAGGCUACAGGCUCCGGUUUGUGUUGAUGUGGUCAGAAGCUAAUAAACGUCUUCACAGCAACAGAACUCAUAAUAAUUCGGGUUAAACCAGGAAUCUAUCCUCAGCGUGCCUGCAGUCACGUCUCAUGUGCUGUGUUCAAGUGCCUAAGGAAUGAUGGUUAACUACAGAUUCCCAACCUGAAGAAAUCAGUGCAGAAGUUAAUAAGUUAUUAAUAAGUGUUACAAAACGCUCGGUUUGUAGAAAAGGUCGGUGUUUGGAAUUGAAGGAGCGCUUGAACUCUGCACCGUCAGUGCCGCUGCUGGACCGCACGGGGGCGCCCGCGCGCAAACUACCAUGGGCACAUGAGCACGCUUUUCGCAUCAACCAACCAAGUAAACAAACAAGCAAACGAAGAUGUCCGCGAGUGGCUUCUCGGAUUUGCGCGACAAGCUGAAGUCGAUGACUCCCCACAGGGAGAACCGUAAGAGCCUCCCGGACGUCUGGUCCGAACACGGCGACGGCAAAAAACGCAAGCGACGUGACUCUGGGGACGAACGUGAGGAAGAGGAGGGGGAGGCGACCCGGGCAUCUGUGGUGCACAAGGUGAAGAGCGGGAUCACCCAGGCGCGUGUGUUCACGCCCGAGGAGUGCGCUCGUAUCGAGGCUCAGAUCGACGAGGUGGUGGUACGAGGGGACCGCGGGCUGUACCGGGAGCACACGGUGGACCGCGCACCGCUGCGUAACAAGUAUUUCUUCGGCGAGGGCUACACGUACGGCGCCCAGCUGGAGAAACGCGGCCCUGGCCAGGAGCGCCUCUACUCCAAGGGGGAGGUGGACGAGAUCCCGGGCUGGGUGCACGAGCUCGUCAUCGAGCCCCUGGUGGCACAGGGGAUCAUCCCCGACGGCUUUGUGAACAGUGCCGUGAUCAACGACUACCAGCCGGGCGGCUGCAUCGUGUCCCACGUGGACCCCAUCCACAUCUUCGAGCGGCCCAUCGUGUCCGUCUCCUUCUUCAGCGACAGCGCCCUCUGCUUCGGCUGCAAGUUCCAGUUCAAACCCAUCCGUGUGUCCGAGCCCGUGCUGUGCCUCCCUGUGCACCGCGGCAGUGUCACCUUACUCAGUGGCUACGCCGCAGACGACAUCACGCACUGCAUUCGGCCUCAGGACAUCAAGCAGCGGCGGGCGGUGAUCAUCCUCAGGAAGACGAGACCGAAUGCACCUCGUCUGAACACGGGUUCUCUCAGCCCUUUCUCCAGCCCCUCUUCAGAGAGACGACAUGGGCCGAAAGCCAAGCGCUCGCAUCGUAAAGCCGACCCGGAUGCAGCACACAGACCUCGUAUAUUAGAGAUGGAUAAAGAACAGCAGAGGCGAUCGAUUGUCCUACAGCAGAGUCGCCACGCUGAUGACCGCGACGAAGACGGCGGCUCCUCAGAGAAUUCGUGGAGGAGAGUGGUGAACGCGUCGUCACACUCGGAACACACCACGUCGUCUCGCCGAGUGAAAAUGAGACGCCACUGAAGACCCCUGAUAAAAAAACGUGCGGGUGAAAUCCGGAACGUUAAACACGAUGUCGGUGUGUGUGUGUGUGUGAGAGAAAGAAAGAGAGAGAGAGAAAGAGAGAAAGCUCUGAUGUCACUGCAGGUGUGUUCCUAUUUAUACGUUUUUGUAAGAAAGGAAGUGUGUGAGUAGAGCCGAGGUUUUAGGUUUAGACCUCAUUACGGACUUCUUAGAGCAGUGUUAGGAGCAAAACCUCUGCAGUAUCACUAUUUCCUUUCUACAGAUUUAAAAUAUUCCUUUCUGCUCCGCUUUGCGCUCUUUAUCCGUUUUCUGGCACCUUAAAUAGGAAAUCUGGAACUGACGUUUCCUCAGUAUUAUUAUCCACUUGUGAAGGAAUUGUAUUUUUCUUUUUCUCUUCUUUUUUUUUUUCCCCUCCUUGAGAUGAACCACAAGCCGUGUGUGCAUGCGGGGGUUUUUUUUGUUUCUUUUUUUGUUUCUUUUUUUUGGGACGCCGAUACGAUACAUUAUCGUGUGUAAUUUCUCUGAUGCUCCACGGUCUGGACAUAAUUUGCGAUGAAUUAAUGAGGAGGAUCUUCUUCCUACCUGAUGAACCACGUUUACAGUGUUUAAAGAGACCAGCGUCAAUCUGCUGUCACGUAGCGGAACGGUCUGAAUAAAGAGCAUUUCAGUUCUGCGAGCACUGAGACACGCUUAUUUACUUUCGCAAGACGCCUCAAGCUCGUUUUUUAACGGUUGCGAAUGCAGGGAAAGUCUUGAAAAAGUUUGAGCCUCAAUAAGGAAUCAUUUGUUCUGAUCCACAGUUCCGAGGCAGGAUGUUUGUUUUGAGUUCUCAUUCGCUUUUUUGUGGGAUGUCCUACUACUGGACAAGUUUUGGGAGCGAAAUGAAACUACGUGUCGGUAUCGAACGUGCGAGCCGAUAAUCUACACACUCGACGACUGAAUCGGUCUUCAGUUCACAGCUGGAACAUCAGUCAAGUUUACGUUUACUCUGUCGGGAAACGAAAUGAAAGCGUUCAGAGCGGGCAAUAAAGCCGCCAGAGUUAAAUUUCUUGAUGACUGUAACAGAGUUCUAUUUUGGGGAAAAAUGUAAACAACGACACAGAAGGAUGUCAUGUGACUCAACGUGAUGAUAAAUGGAUAUUUUUGCAUCAGAUGUACAGUCCUCAAAAGAAAUUAAAAGAUGUGUUUAAAUUCUG